AAACCGCCAUGAAGAGCUGUAGCAAUGGAUUAGGAAGUAGUCUCCUGCGGUGGGUCGUUUGAAUUAGGGUGAAGAAGAGUAAGCAAGCAAAUGGAAGACGAAUCGGAGAUAUACGAUGGAAUUAGAGCUCAAUUUCCUCUAAAGUUUGGUAAACAAACCAAAUCCCCUACCCCUCCCGAGCAAAUUCACAGCUCCACCCGCCGUACUUCCGCCACCGAUGACAAGGUUUCGUCAUCAUCGUCGUCCUCAGCAGCAGGCACAAGCAAAAGCAGCAAUGAUAAGUCCGUCCCUUCGCUCUCUUCGUCCUCCAAGGCCUGGCUCCAAUCCCUUAAAAACCCUAACCCUAACCCUAAUUGGGAUGGUACUCCCGAGGUAGACCCAAUCAGGAGCAGCAGUCAGCAAGCUGAUGUCGUAAUUGGACCGCCACGCCCACCUCCCCACCAGGUGGAUUCAGAGGAUGUCAUGAUUGGGCCGCCACGUCCGCUGACAGCCAACGAAGAGGAGGAGGACGACAACGACGACGAUGAUGGGCCGUUGAUUGGCCCUCCCAGACCACCGCCUGGUUCAGUGGACUCGGACUCAAAGGAUGACGAAGAGGGAGAGGAUCAGUAUCGGAUACCUUUGAGUAAUGAGAUUGUCUUGAAGGGUCAUACCAAGAUUGCUGCUGCUGUUGCUGUGGACCAUUCAGGGUCCCGAGUUCUGUCUGGUAGUUAUGAUUACACGGUCCGCAUGUAUGACUUCCAGGGAAUGAAUGCAAACUUGCAGUCUUUUAGACAGCUGGAACCAUUUGAAGGUCAUCAAGUUCGUAGUUUGAGUUGGAGUCCUACAUCCGAUCGGUUUCUUUGUGUGACCGGAUCAGCUCAGGCUAAGAUUUAUGAUCGUGAUGGACUUACUCUGGGAGAGUUUGUGAAGGGGGACAUGUAUAUACGUGAUCUUAAAAAUACUAAAGGCCACAUAUCUGGAUUGACAUGUGGGCAGUGGCACCCUAAAACUAAGGAGACAAUCUUAACGUCUUCUGAGGAUGGCUCACUGAGGAUAUGGGAUGUGAAUGACUUUAAAAGCCAGAAACAGGUUAUUAAACCAAAACUUUCUAGGCCAGGAAGAGUGCCUGUUACCACUUGUGCUUGGGAUCGUGAAGGAAAAUGCAUUGCAGGUGGUAUUGGAGAUGGUUCUAUACAGAUAUGGAAUAUCAAGCCUGGAUGGGGAAGCAGGCCUGACAUACAUGUUCCUCAUGGUCAUUCAGACGAGAUCACUGGCAUUAAUUUUUCCAGUGAUGGAAGAAUAUUGUUGUCAAGAAGCUUUGAUGGAUCACUGAAGGUGUGGGAUUUACGUCAUGUGAAAGAACCUCUUCGAGUGUUUGAUGAUCUGCCAAACCAUUAUGCUCAGACAAAUAUUGCGUUUAGCCCUGAUGAGCAGCUCUUCUUGACUGGAACAUCAGUUGAAAGAGAUAGCACAACUGGAGGCUUGCUAUGCUUUUAUGAUCGAGUGAAACUAGAAUUGGUGUCAAGAGUUGGAAUAUCUCCUACUUGUAGUGUUGUCCAAUGUGCUUGGCACCCAAGGCUGAAUCAGGUUUUUGCCACAGCAGGUGAUAAACACCAAGGUGGAACUCACAUACUUUAUGAUCCAACUAUUAGUCAAAGAGGAGCUCUUGUUUGUGUUGCACGUGCCCCGAGGAAAAAGUCUGUUGAUGAUUUUCAGAUUGAACCUGUGAUUCAUAAUCCUCAUGCACUUCCCCUCUUUAGAGAUCAGCCAAGCCGUAAGCGUCAGCGUGAGAAAAUAUUGAAGGACCCACUUAAGUCUCAUAAGCCUGAACUUCCAAUAACAGGGCCUGGUCAUGGUGGAAGGGUUGGUUCAACCAAGGGAAGCCUGCUGACGCAAUACCUUCUUAAGCAAGGUGGCUUGAUUAAGGAGACAUGGAUGGAGGAAGAUCCAAGAGAAGCUAUACUGAAGUAUGCUGAUGUUGCUGAGAAAGAUCCGAAAUUCAUUGCUCCAGCAUAUGCACAAACACAGCCUGCACCAGUCUUCGCAAAAUCUGACUCUGAGGAGGAAGACAAGUAAUCUGAAUGUGUCAUGUGGAAAAUCUGGGUCUCCAUUCUCAGUUAAGCUAGAUGGCACGGCUUUGGGAGCAUAUGUCAUCAAAAUGAUGAAACAAAUGGCUUAAUUGAUGCUGGUAAUGAUGUGCCUCUCCUGGCUCAAUAUUUCUGGGAUUCUGUUUUCCCCUCAAGAAAUUCAGAGGUCAUGUGAUGCAGGAUUUUGAUUCUCUGCUUUGGGAGAGAGGGUAAUUGUAAAUUAUAUUGAAUAUUCCAUGUUGUUUGAAUGGUGUUUGAAUGCAUCAAAUUUUCAAGAAACCAUUGAAGCUUAGUAGAAAUCCGCGAGCUUCUCUCUUCCAUCAUGGCAACAAGAGAGGAUGAUUAUUGGAAUCAGAUCUCCUCGAGCAUCUAUCGCCUAUUAAUCAUCACAA